GGUGUAAAGGAAUUCAUUAGCCAUGGAUGUAUUCAUGAAAGGACUUUCAAAGGCCAAGGAGGGAGUCGUGGCCGCUGCUGAAAAAACCAAGCAGGGUGUAGCAGAAGCAGCGGAAAAGACAAAAGAGGGUGUUCUCUACGUAGGAUCCAAAACUAAGGAAGGAGUGGUUCAUGGUGUGACAACAGUGGCUGAGAAGACCAAAGAGCAAGUGACAAAUGUUGGAGAGGCAGUGGUGACAGGGGUGACUGCAGUAGCACAGAAGACGGUGGAAGGAGCAGGGAGCAUUGCAGCUGCCACUGGCUUUGGCAAAAAGGAUCAGCUGGGCAAGAGUGAAGGAGCCUCCCAGGAAGGAAUUCUGGAAGAUACACCUGUGGAUCCUGACAAUGAGGCUUAUGAAAUGCCUUCUGAGGAAGGGUAUCAGGAUUACGAACCUGAAGCCUAAGAAAUAUCUUUGCUCCCAGUUUCCUGAGAUCUGCUGACAGAUGUACCACCCUGUACCAGUGCUCAGUUCCAACGUGCCCAGUCAUGACAUUUUCUCAGAGUUUUCAGUGUGUCUUGAAGUCUUCCAUCAGCAGUGAUUGGCGCAUCUGUACCUGCCCCAACUCAGCAUCUCGGUGCUUCCCUCCCACCUAAUAUAUGAUAGCAGGGUCUCUGUGUGCUGUGGAUACUGUGGCUUCAACUCUAAAGUGUUAAAUUAAAUUAAACACACCCAAGUGACUGCCACUUAUUUCUAAAUCGCCACUAAGUUUUUGUUGCUGAUGUUGAAAAAUUGUGAGUGAUUUACUAUAAUAUAUUAUAAGAUUUUCAGGUGUCUUUUAAUGAUUCUAAAUAUAUUGAUGUAUUGUGAAAUUUAAUACAUAUAAUACUUAAAUACAUGAGCAUGAAACUAUGCACCUAUAAAUAUUAACUAUAAAAUGUUAGUUUUGUGAUGUGUUUUAUCUUGUGUUUGUAUAUAA